AUGGAGCAAGAUGGAGGAUUAUCGAAGGCCGGAGUGGUAAAUCAACUGCUACCUCAAGAAGAAGUGGCAGUUACUGCUUCGCAAGAACAAGUCCUAGCAUUAGCUGAUCCUAAGGAGAAUGCGCUAGCAGACUCCAAUGAGGGACUGAUUAGGGCAGUACUAGAGGAUGUGGAGUCAAGGAGAAGGACUGGGCAGCUCGCUAAGGAGAAGGAGGCAGAUGAAGUGGCAAAAGCUCAACGAAGAAGGGAGAGAAAGGAAAAGAAGAAGAACGAAGAUGAUGAGGAUGAAGAAAAGGGGCGUCUAAUCAUCGCCUCAAUAGAUUUGACUAGACGGCUUCAUGAUGAGGAAGUGUGCCAUGUUAAUGCAUUGGAAGAAGAAAAUACCAAAAAGAAGCUCGAGGAUGAGUGUCUCAUUAAUCUUGCCUCUGAGCAGUUUGAGAAGGAGUUGAAGGAGGAAGAGGAAGCUGAGAAGAGAAAGAAGGAAGAGAAAAAGUUGCUUCGAAGGGCAAAGGUCCAGCGCAACAUUGAACUCAAACGCAAGGAGAUAGAGGAAUGGGAAAAAGAAAAAGUUGAUCAAGAGAGGGAAAUGGUGCGCAUGAGACGCCAAAGGGCCCGACUUGCGGUCGUUCAAGAUAAUGGUGAGGAGAAGGUCGAAGGCAGUAAAUCAUCGCCAGCCUUGAGAUGCCAGAAGGUCAGAAAAGAAAUUGAUGACCGUCUAAUGGAGAUGGGCUUCUUCCCGACGCCAAACCCACUACCAAACUUCAUCACCAGCAUAAUGAUAAGGCUUAGAUGA